CAGAAAGUGUCAAACAGAAGAGGGAUGUAAAAAUGACCGAAGCGGUCGACACAAACUCACUUAACCACUCGUCUGGAGCCGGUAGAUGCAGCUCGCCCAGUCCGCUAAAUGGGACCAGUAGUUUACGUCGGCGUCGUGGAACCUCUUGCUCUUGUUAAGUUGUUAAAAAUCGUUUCGAGUCACUUUGGAAGUGGCGACGUUGACGAGCUAGGUUGCUAAACCGGCGGUGCUAGCGGUAGCUACCUCGCUGGUUCCGGUUCUGUAUUUGCUUCAAGUGAGCCUCGGCUAGGAAAAGGGCUGCAGACGGAAGAGGAACAUGUCCCGGAGACGGCUGGACAGUCGGAGCGGACUUUCCGCGGGGCUCCUCGGAGAAAUCCUGACCCCCAUCAGCCCGGAGCCGCUGGAAAGUGUGUACGAAAUCACCGGGGAACUGGGGAGGGGUAAAUUUGCAGUGGUGAAGCGCUGCGUGGAGAAGGCCACCGGGAAAGUCUUUGCCGCCAAGUUCCUGAGAAAACGCCGGCGGGGUCGCGAUUGCCGGGCGGAGAUCAUUCAUGAGAUGGCGGUGCUGGAAGCUGUGCACCACAGCCACCGCGUGGUCAACCUGCACGCCGCACACGAGACGGACCAUGAUGUCGUGCUUCUCCUGGAAUACGCUGCAGGAGGAGAAAUAUUUGACCACUGCGUUUCUGACGAGCUGCUGCCGGAACCUCAGAUCACUCGACUGAUCCGACAGACUCUGGAGGGAGUUCAGCACCUUCACCAGAGCAGUCUGGUCCACCUCGAUCUCAAGCCUCAGAACAUCCUCCUCACUGGCCUCAGUCCACUGGGAGACAUCAAGAUCGUGGACUUUGGUUUGGCCCGCAGGCUCGGUGCCGUUGGUGAGCUCAGGGAGAUCCUGGGCACGCCUGAAUAUGUCGCUCCGGAGAUCCUCAACUACGAGCCAAUCACCACGGCAACCGACCUCUGGAGCGUCGGCGUCAUCGCCUACAUGCUGGUGACGGGCGAGUCUCCGUUCGCCGGCGAUGACAAGCAGGAGACGUACCUGAACGUGUCGCAGGUCAACGUGGACUUCAGCCGGGACUCCUUCGCCAGAGUGUCGGAGCUGGCGGUCGACUUCAUCCGCAAGCUGCUGGUCAAAGCACCUGAGGAUCGUCCGACAGCAGCCGAGUGUCUGUGUCAUCCAUGGCUGAGUCAGCAGCUGCAUCCCUGCCUGAGUCCCGACCCGGUCCACACCACAGCCAGAAUCCGGAUCAGCGGCAUCAAGUGGGCCGCUCCGCCGGAAGACCCGGAGGACAAGGAGAACUUCCUGGAGUCUCCUCACACUCACGCCAAGAGGUUUCGCUUCGACGAGGAGACGACUGUGGACUCAGACCUGUGAGGCGUCAGCUUUUUAAGUUCUUUCAAGCUCAGCAGCACCAGCAGCACCCCGACCCCACGUCCCCCCCCUCAACCUCUCAGACCAAAGAGACGCAGCUCCUGGGGCCCUCCUGCUGAGGGCUCUCUUGAUCUUCAGGUAGUUUCAGUUUCCGUAGUUCUAUGCAGCACUUGUCGUGUCACCAGAACCCGAGUCCUGCCUUAAAUCUGAGCGGUUCUGCUGAUAAGUUGCACUUCUGCAGUUCCCUUAACACUUGGUGUUUCCUUCCGAUCACCCACCCAUUCUCAUGAAUGAGAAUCCUCAGUGUAAACUUGUGUGUAUCGAUCUGGACAUUGAGUUAUACAUUGUUUAUGUCGGCCAUCUUGGCUCAACUCCCAGCCAUGACAGCUCUGGUGUCUUGUUCCAGUCUGAGGUGGCUAGUUUAUCUUUGUAAUGACCCGAGUGAGUUUUCUCCUACCGAAGCAUUCGGGUCGUUUCUGCAUUUCUACUUGAAAAGAUGAUCUUGUUUAUUUGGCUAUAAAAUUAGCUCGAGUUUUUAGAUUUGAUGAGUUUUAACGUAUCCGAAACCUUGCGAUCGCCGUUCCGACAGGGCGUAAAUCCCAAACCAAUGCAACAAUAGAAAGCUACUUAAAUGACUCAUGACGAUGAAAGCUGAAUAAAUAACCUCAGUAAUAAAACUUUAUGCACAAAAAUCGCACACUUUAGUCCGAGUCUUGCGCGUUUGUCUGGCGAUAUACUCAGGUUGUGUGAUGUCCUCCGUCUUGUGGAACGUCGUGUUGCACUCACCUGAUCCAAGCUUGUGUUUUUUUUCGUACAUUCCGUCAAAUUCCAAGUGUUUGCUGAUCCACCUACACUUGUGAUGGAACCACGCUAAUGUUCUAACGUCUCAGGUCUGAUGACCUGCAGGGACUUGUCAGGACACAAACUAGCACUUAAUCCCGAGUCCAUAUUUGUCGUUCUACAUUCCGAGACCCAUUUGAUUUUUCCGUUUUUCUUUUGUGCUGAUUAUUAUUGUUAUUUAUGUCGCAGGACUUUUAUGUGAAUAUUUGUCUUUAUUGUGAAGUCGAGACGGGAAGCGGCCGGGAAAGUUGGGAAUGUUAGUCUUUGGAGACGGAAAGUGGGAAGAGGAGCGGAUGUUUAGAAGUGGAGGAGAGAGGUUUGGCAAAGUGAGCAGUGAAGGGUUUGGAUGAGAGAUGGAUGUUGGCCAGAGGGCAUUAUGGGAAAUGUGGUUUUAAGCCGUGACCGUCGUAUUCCAAUGAAACAUUCUGUUGUUUUCCAAAUUUGGUGCCAAAUUUGAAUAAAGCUAGUGUUUGAACCGUAGCCGUCGCUUGCUGGCACCACUGUCGCAGCAUUCCUGAAGAACUGGACUUGUUCAUCUCAGGCGCUCGCACGACCGUCACCAGCAUCUCGUAGCAAAGUUCCUCAACAGCUAAAAUCUCCUCGGGGCGACUCAGACGGGUGGUUUUCAGGGUCGCAGCAGAUCAGUGUUGGGAUGUGUGGAGCGCGCGGUGAUGUCAUCGAUGAUGUAGCGCACAGACAAAGUCUCUGCUGUUGGUCGUUUGUGUGACAGUUGAACCCAACUCGUGCCAUGGUGUUAAAGAUGCUGCUGCAGUCACGCUGACAUCAGCCAACGUUUGUUCUCGCUGCCUGAAGGAGACGAGUGUUUUCGAGUCACAGCAUCCAAAAAAAAAAAAAGCACAAGUUUAAAGGAGAUGUUUGUUUAUUUUGCAUUUUAUAUUUAAAGAAUGAGCGUUUGUACUCUGAUCACGCUAAUAUUUAUAUCUAGACUCGGCAACAUGAAGCAGCUCAUUAAAGAUAUAGAACAUGUCCUUCCUGUCUCUGC